AUGCGGGCUCUGCUGGCGCUGCUGGCGGCCCUGAGCUGCGCGGGGCGGGCAGGGGCCGGCGGCGGCCUCAGCUCCAACGCCAUCAAGGUGGGGGCGGCCGCCAGCGCCGCCCCCGCCGCCGCCGCCCCCCCGCCCUUCGACGGCAGCAACAAGGCGCCGCCGGCCGCCACCCGACAGCCCUUCCCCUGCGCCGAGGACGAGGACUGCGGCCCCGACGAAUUUUGCGGAGGGGCGGCCCGCGGCGGCGGACCCCCGCUCUGCCUCGCGUGCCGGAGACGCCGCAAGCGCUGCCUGCGCGACGCCAUGUGCUGCCCGGGCACGGCCUGCAGCAACGGGCUCUGCACGCCCCCCGAGCCCCCACCUGGCGCUCCCGAGCUGGACGAGCCCGGCCCCGAGGCGCUGCCCCGACGGACGCCCGCGCCAGCCUGGCCGCCCGACGCCAAAGGUGAGGAGGGCGACUUCUGCCUGCGCUCGUCGGACUGCGCUGCGGGGCUGUGCUGUGCCCGCCACUUCUGGUCCAAGAUCUGCAAACCCGUGCUGCGCGAGGGGCAGGUGUGCACCCGGCACCGCCGGAAAGGAGCCCACGGCCUCGAGAUCUUCCAGCGUUGCCCCUGUGCCGAGGGCAUGGCGUGCCGCCCACAGCGCGACCGCGGCGGCCCCGACGCCUCUCGCCUGCACACUUGCCAGCGGCACUGAGCGACGCCGGGGGGCGGACUGAGGAUGGACGGACGAACGGAGGGAUGGACUCUAGUCCCGCUCAUGGGAGCUCCCUGCUGUGCGCACAGCCGGAGCAGAAGGUUGUUUCUCGAGGGAACUACUCUUAAGCAAGUGAUUGCAGUACGUUACUGUGUUGUGAAUAUGGAGGUGGCACUUAGUGUACAGACGUUCUGAGCGAGCCGCCUGGGCGCUCUUCCAGCCAGGACUGGGACGUGGAAUGCGCUGGGUUUCCAGUUCUGCUUGAUGGACACAGCCGUCCCUUCAAGUGAGGGGCAGCCCACGCUGCGCGGUGCCACGCUCCGGGGCGAUGCCCCACAGAUGCGGCGGGGUCGCAGAGCGGGACUUCAGCGGCCCCAGCCCUGAGCCGUGCGGUCACGCCGCUCUGGGCACAAUAAAGUCUAUUUUUCGCUUCA